ACCUCUGCCGAUCCGACAUCUGGUUCCGGUUCCGAGAGUCGCAGUGUGGACGCUGUUCAGCCGGAUGGUGCUGAAGCGGAAGUCACACAGGGUGGACGCUGUCUGAGAAAAGCUCGGUUCUCCUGUCCGGUGCUCCCCGUUAAACCCCUCCCAGGCCGCAAGCAUCGCCAUUCAGUGAAUGAGGAAGAAGGAGCCGCAGAUCCGGAUGUGGACGAAGUGAAGAGACGCGGAGCGAGGAUGCAGACCGAGGAGGAGGAGGAGGCCGCACAGGCGGAUCCGGGUACGGAGCAGGAUCCACAGGAUCCACAGGAUCCACAGGCCGGGUCUGACACCCAGCGGGACCGGAGCCAGCACCAGCACCAGGAUCAGGAUCAGGAUCGGGCCUUUCGGGGCGAGAUGGAGAGACUACUGGAGGAAAAUGAUGAUCUGAAGUGUGAGAUCGAGGAGAUGAGGACAGAGAUGGAUGAGAUGAGAGACUCCUUCCACGAAGAGGACACCUGUCAGCUGCAGGAAAUGAGGCGCGAGCUGGAGCGAGCCAAUAAGAACUGCCGGAUCCUGCAGUAUCGUGUGCGUAAAGCGGAGAGGAAGAGGCUACGUUAUGCCCAGACGGGAGAAAUCGACGAAGAGCUGCUCAGGAGCCUGGAGCAGGACCUGAAGGUAGCAAAGGACGUGUCCGUGCGGCUGCACCACGAGCUGCAGAAGGUGGAGGAGAAACGCACAAAGAUGGAGGAUGAGAAUGAAAAACUGCGACAGGAACUCAUCGAGGUGGAGGUGACCAAGCAUGCUCUGCAGAACGAGCUCGACAAAACCAAAGAGUCUCAGAAAAGAAGAGGAAGCAAGGACACGCAGAGGACGGAGAAGAAGGCAGCACAGACUCUGAGCGAGGAGGACAACGAGGACCUGAAGUGCCAGCUGGCGUUAAUCAGAGAGGAAGCCGUGCUGAUGAGGAAGAAGAUGGCCAAAACCGACAAAGAGAAGGACCGCCUGGAGCAGGAGCUGCAGAGGUACCGCUCCUUCUACGGUGAACUGGACAGCACCCAUCCUAAAGGAGAGGCCGGGGGUCCGCCCACCACCCGGGAGUCCGAGCUGAAGCUGCGCCUGCGCCUGGUGGAGGAGGAGGCCAACAUCUUAGGGAGGAAAAUUGUUGAGCUGGAGGUUGAGAACCGCGGCCUGAGAGCCGAGCUCGACGACCUCCGUGGUGAAGGAGAGGGAGCGGGGACCUCUGACGGUGAAGCGGUGGGCGGGCCCAGCGCAGGGCGGGGCCUGGCAGAUGAUCUGACGGAGCUCCGGCAGCAGCUACAGCUGGUCGAGGACGAGGCGGAGCUUCUGAGGAGGAACUUGACUGAUGCUGAGGAGCAAAACAAGAGGGUGACCACAGAGCUGAACAAACUACGCUUCAAAGCUGGAACCCACGAGGGAGGCGCCAGGCACGGAGGCGGAGCUACAGGAGGAGCAGGGAUCGAUGGAGCCAAGACAGAAGCUCUGCAGGAGGAACUGAAAGCAGCGAGGCUACAGAUUAAUGACCUGAGUGGGAAGGUGAUGCAGCUGCAGUACGAGAACCGCGUGCUCCUGUCCAACAUGCAGCGUUAUGACCUGGCCUCCCAUCUGUCCCUGCGGCCCAGCCCACGAGACAGUGAUGCAGAGAGCGACGCCAGCGGUGCCGCAAGCGGUCGCCGGGAAAGUGACGAGGACUCCGCCUUCUCCCGUCUCAUUCCUCCACACCGCAAGCGCGAGGGCCCCGUAGGCGGGGAGAGUGACUCAGACGAGGUCAGAAACAGCAGCAGCAGCCGAUGCUUGACGCUGACGCAGGGCGUAUACACCCCCACCGGGCCUGAGGGCGCCGCCUCCCCUGCAUGCUCAGCCAUGGCUCGCUUCCUCCCCAGUGUCCAAGACAGCUUACGCGACAGGCAGCAAAUGAUUGACAUCCGCGUGGAAGCGGAGAGGCUGGUUCGUACCAUUGACCGGCUCAUCGCUGACACGGCCUCCAUCAUCUCGGAGGCGAGGGUCUAUGUCUCCAAUGGCGACUUGAUGUUUGGGCGGGGUGGAGAAGAGGGCGGGGAAGAUGAUGGGAGCAGGAUCAGGGAACACGAGCUGUUAUAUCGCAUUAACGCCCAGAUGAAGACGUUCCGCAAAGAGCUGCAGGCCUUCAUUGAGAGGCUGGAAGUGCACCGGCUGGAGGACGAUGGGACAGACGAGCCGAUGGCGAUGUUCCAGCCCAUCAUUCUGCUCAUCCUUAUCCUCGUGUUAUUCUCAUCCCUCUCGUACGCCACCAUCUUUAAACUAGUCUUUCUUUUUACUCUCUUCUUUGUUCUGUGAUAUACUCAUCCCUUAAUUUGCAUCAUCCUUUUUUUUUUUUUUUUGCUCAGUAACCCCCCCCCAAUCAUUUGUUGCCAAGGUUACCACAUCAUGAAGAAAUGCUCCACAAUCUAACUCCCAUCCACAGAUGUACAGCUCGCUUCAACACUGGACUCUACAUUACCCAUAAUGCACUCUUGCUCCCAUUAAGCCCUCAACAAGUUUUUCCAGGCCAUCGAUCCUUCCGUCCCUUCCUGCCGGCUUUGCAGUGACAUCUGACAGGAAACCAGAGGGG